AUGUCUCACCAUCAUAGCUCGUCCAACUCCGAUACCCUAAUGGUGGCACAGUACCUUUCCGGGCGCGAUUACCAUCGGGCCUUUCCGAGCAGGUACGGUUCAGAUGAUGGGCGCUCGUCCGGGAAACCUCCCAACAUUUACAUCGUCCAAGGCCCGGCCAGAAUCGAGACCGGGCCAGCGAGGUCUCAAACCAAGUCACAGGCAUGGCGGUUCCCCUUGAGCCUUGCGUCAUGUGUCCUGAUGCUCUGGAUUGGCUACCAUCUCGGCCCCUACAACGGCCAGCCAGGGGUCAUGAAUGCUGGCGAAGCCACGGCCGGCGACCAGAAAAGCUCCAAAACCUACUACGUCGCCCCCCACCCGCCGGUCUUUGACGUGUUUCCGACCGUGUCCUACCCGGACGGCGUGGCGAUGGACACGUUCGCGCUGAUGAACGAGAGCACGACGGCCCUCGGCGAGAUGCUCGUCUCCUCGCUGCAGGAGCUGGGCUUCAGACCGAGCCCGAGCGAGAAGUACUCGGAAAAGGAGGUCGCGAAACUGCCCGAGAACCUGAGGCGCCUGGGCCAGCUGACGGACCUCUCCCUCAAACGCUCGCUGCUGCACACGCAGUGGCUGCAGACCCAAUGCCGAAUCACCCCGUCGAGCCGCUGGAUCACCGAGGCGGAGCAGCACCGCAGCGACGCCGGCCACCACGAGCCGCUCCCCUGGUGGUGCGCAUCGCGCCGCCUGCCCCCCCUGGAAGCCUGCCAGGACGCAGCGGCCAAGGCCUACCUGGACGUCGAGACGCGGCUGUCGACGCUGCGGACCUCGCUGGGCCGAGCGUCGAGCCUCGCGACGAUCGUGGCGGGCGACGUCGCGCGCAGCAAGGUGGCGCAGACGAUCGAGGCGGCGCGGGAGCAGACGUGCGGGCAGGCGAACCGGCUCGCGCGGCUGUUGGACGGGCUGGCGCGCGCCGUCGCGGUGUGGCAGCAGCGGCACCGGGGCGUGGCGCACAGGACGGUGCGCAUCACGCCCUCGGUCCAGCACACGGGUCGGGACGGCGUCGUGCCCGAAGCCUGGUACCUCAUCGCCCACAACAAGACGGACCUCCCCGAGCGCGGCGCCGACCUGCGCGUCAGGGUCGAGCACCUCGACGAGCUGCAGACCACGGCGCUUGCCAUGGCCGCCCGGGGCCGCAGGAUGUGCUCGGCUGCACAGAAGGUGGAGGAGCAGCUCGGGGUGGCGCUCUGGGAAAAGAUCCCAGCGUAUCAGAAAUUCCUCGAGAUCGAGACCGGAUUGGUGACCGAAUGGCAGCAGAGGCUCAAGGAAGAAGGCUACAGCGGCUUUCAGGGCCCCGCCGGGAUAGAGCUCGCCGAUUGGUUCGAGGCCCAGAUCGCUAUCUCGAGUUUGAGGUGGGAGAAGGCUAUUGAGGGUUUUCACUGA